AGAAAGAAAACCACCAGUCAGAGCAGCAGGUCGGUCGAGUGUGCUCCGUGAAAAUCGUCGUUUUCUGCGGUAAAAAGUGCGUUAUCAUGUUCAAACCUGGCUGCAAACGUUGUGCGAGUGUACCCGGCAAGUGAUAAACGCGGUGAAAAAUGGAUGCCCUCAUGGAUUACGGUGAAAAACAGUGAAAAUUGACCCGUCGAUACGCCUUUCUGGGUCUCCUUCAGCAGCAAGACGGAAGAAGACACUCACUUGCGGAGGAAGGAACUCUCCGAAAGUAGGGUUGCGUUGGUGUGGGUUGAAAAUACAUUCAAAGGGAUUUCGUGCGGGUGUGGUGGUGGUGAGUGCCGGCGCUUGCCGAGUAAAAGGUACUCACCUUUGGUGUUCGCGGAUCUCAGAUCCGUCAAUCGAGAGUAUCAAGCUGACUAAUGAUAGAAGUGUUUUGUGAUUAGUGCGAAGAAAAUGCAUCUUUCUAAUAGAUUUAUCUGACAAAAUGAAUUCAAAUAACCUCAGAAUGGAAGAGCAGAGUUUGGUGAGCAGGAACGUUCUUGUUCCAGAACUCUAUUUCCUGAUUUCCAAGUUUUUGGCCAAUGGACCGCUGCGGGAAACUGCCAAGGUUUUGGCCCAGGAAUUGGAGCAUUUAAACAUCUUGCCCCGCCGUUUGGACUGGACCGGCCAAGAGCAUCGCCAAACGCUGGACGAGUUGGUAAGUACCUAUAUCACUGACUCGUGUGUGGGGGAGGACUUGGGACUUUCCCCGGGGGGGAGGGUUUACUCGCGAUUCCAGUCAUGGAUGAUGAAUCACACAGAUUGA